CUGCAUUCGGACAACCAUCACUCACCAACUUCAAUUACUGCCACCAUUCGCCGUUAUUUUUUUCAGAAAGCUGACCUGCUACAUAACAUUUAUGGGCCGAAAUUCGAACGCUUUCUCGUCACCGUGCAUAAAAAGAACUUGCCCGGAGACAUUCCUGGCAAAUGUUCAAAUAUCAACUAUGCGGCGCGUACAACAAUGAAAUAUUUGCGUGCUGAUCCAACAUAUGGAUUGGACCGGGAUGACACGGAGGUUUUUGUUACUACAGGCGAUUGUGAUACGAUUUUCGGAGAGCGAUAUUUUGAAGCACUGGAAGAGGAUUACUGGAAAAUCGAAGAAAAGGUUGUAAUGCGAAAAUAAAA